AUGACGACGGCCCAUAGACCAACAUUUCACCCUGCCCGAGGAGGCACUGGGCGAACCGAGGGAGACUUAUCGAAACUGUCGCAGCAAUAUUCGUCUAAAGAUAUGCCAUCACACACCAAAUUGAAGUACAGACAACAGGGUCAGGGUACUGAAGAGGAGUUGAGGAGACGGGAUCUGCGACGUGAAUUGGAGGACAAGGAGAAGGUAGCCUCUCGGGAAAGGCGCAAUCGUGAAGCAGCCGCUUCUAGUUCGAGUAACAAGAGGGCGAGGAUCGAAGAGUCUUCACAUGCAGCUGUAGAUGCGGAUGAGCCGCUAGAUGAACAUGACUCAUCUGAUGAUGAUUCCGAUGAAGACGACACGGCUGCUCUUAUGGCGGAACUAGAAAGAAUAAAGAAGGAGCGCGCAGAAGAAAAGGCCGCAAAAGAAGAAGAGGAAAAGAGGCGAGAGGAAAAAAUUCGAAUGGACAACAUUCUUGCGGGCAACCCGCUUGUUGAACCCAGUUGA